UUGCAUCGUUGUAUUGAUGUACGUAUGUACGGCAUUAGAGAUUGCAUUCGUUUAUUGUUGCGAACAAUAAUGUUAUUUUAAGAAACGUUAUAACAAUGAGCUUUUCUGUGUACGAAUCGUACGUUGCUCUGUGUAACAAUGAACGUGUGAUAAUGCACGAUAUUGACAAUAAUACCAAAAACACGAUAAUUUUGCCCGAUCUGGAAAGAAAGAUAGACGUGCACAACAAAGUGGAUAUUGAGACUUAUCAUAUGAUAACGUCUCUAGCGUUUUCAGAAGACGGGAAAUAUUUUGCGGUAUGCACGAAUCGCAAGCAACUGUGCCUGUAUGAAACAAAGGACUUGAAACUCCUGUCGAAUCGAACGCUCAUCAGGGCUGCAAGCAGAGUGAGAUUCUCACCGAACAACGAUAUCGUAAUAGCAGAUAAAGCUGGAGAUGCUUACCUGUUUUCCUCCAGUUGUCCAAUGGAAGCUGGAACCUUUAUCUUGGGACAUUUGUCAAUGCUUCUCGAUGUACUUGUCACGCAAGAUAUGAAGUAUGUUCUAACAACUGAUAGAGACGAAAAAAUAAGAGUUUCCAUGUUUCCCAACUGUUACAACAUUGUAUCUUACUGCUUGGGACAUGAAAAAUUCGUGACGAAUAUCUCAGAGUUGCCUCAUGAGAAGAGUGUCCUAAUAUCGUGCGGUGGUGAUGGAGUCUUUAAAUUGUGGGACUAUAAAUGUGGUAGUGAAUUACUGUCUGUCAAUUUUUACGAUAAGAUAUCGAAAUGUGACAUAGAAAGAUUUAAUCAAGGUCUCCAUGACUGUCAGUAUGAUGAAUCUGUAGAUAUAUUGCCUGUCAAAUAUCUCAGAGUAUAUUAUUUUAGUAAAAUAGAAUCUUUAAUUAUAAUAAGUUUUUAUAGUAGCAAAAUAAUGUUAGUUUAUAGGAUUAAUGGUAACAAUAACACACAGUUAAAAGUAAAUUAUUUGGAGUCCAUAACCGUGGAAACUGAACCUAUUGAAUGUCUUUUACACAAACAAGAUUUAUGGGUAUUAACAGAUGUAGGACUGCGAGUAUUCAAAUUCGAUAAUAAUAGAUUUGUAACUCACGAUGCACUGAAUUCUACAAUCAAAUGUCUCAAUGCCUCCUGGCAAAUUUUAAAAAAUACUAUUGUUAAACAAAACUUGUUUCCCGUUUUAUAUAAAAGAAAAUAUGACAAUGCGCAGGAAUAUCAAGAAAGGAAAAAAACUCGUCUUGCAGGCAAUACAGAGUAGAUUAUAAUUCUUACAAAUGUUAUAAAUACGAUAUUUAGUAUUUUGUAAAAUAUGCAAAUAAAUAUUCGCAAUAAUCU